CCUAACCCUCAAAUUUUAUGCCGAAUGUUUUUCAAUGCAUGCAAUAAAUACAAUACCACGGUCUUAAAAUUAAGCAGAGCCAUGUCAGACUUAUUAAAUAACGCUAAGAAAGCAGCUGCUCAUGCAGCCGUGGACGAACAUGUGAAGACUGACUAUGUUGUUGGAGUUGGAAGCGGAUCUACGGUUGUUUUUGCUGUGGAAAGGCUUGCCGAACGAGUCAGGAACGAAAACUUGAAGAUAAGGUGCAUACCUACCUCUUUUCAAGCUAGGCAAUUGAUUAUUGACCACAAACUGAUCUUAACUGACUUGGAUGUUGACCCAGUUGUUGAUGUCUGCAUUGAUGGAGCUGAUGAAGUCGAUUCAAAAAUGACGCUUAUAAAGGGUGGUGGCGGCUGUUUACUACAAGAAAAAAUAGUGGCAAGUAAUGCAAAGGAACUUAUCAUCAUUGCUGAUUAUACCAAAGAUUCAGUAAAACUUGGUGACCAGUAUAAAAAGGGUAUACCUAUAGAAGUAGUUCCUAUAGCUUAUGUUCCUAUCAUGAACAAAAUAAAGCAAAGGUAUGGUGGCAAUAUCGAAUUGAGAAUGGCUGUGAAAAAGGCAGGGCCUGUAGUGACUGACAAUGGUAACUUUGUGCUAGAUUGGACAAACUUUGAUCAGGAUUCAGAUUGGGAGAAGAUUAACUUAGACUUGCUCAUGAUUCCAGGAUUAGUAGAAACUGGAUUAUUCAUCAAAAUGGCAGCAAAGGCUUAUUUUGGUCUAAAAGAUGGAACAAUUAAGCAAACAGGAGGUGGAAAUGUUUGCAGUGCCCAAAUGUAAAUUUAUAAAAAAUUUAAGCGGAUUAAUAUGUCCCCAAUAAAGCAAAUGAAAUAUUUUGCUUUAUUGUAUUUAAUUGCAUUUUAGCUACAUUUUACUUAGUGUGUAUGUGGUAUUGUGGUUUUAAAAAUUUAUGGAAUUCAAAAAUUCUUAUGUUUUAAUGACUUCACUCAUCAAAAAUGUUUUGGUAUUGAGAAUCCACAUUGACAACCCAUUGUCUGCUAAAGAUUAUAAAACUUGGAAGCAUUGUAUUUUAAAUGUCUUAGUAAUAACCUUUGAAAUUAUAAUGAAGUGCUGAUAUUUUAGAUGUUGAUUCUUUCUGGAUGUGCCAUUCUUGUAAUAAUAGAGUUAUAAGUAUCAACUGAACAUGUUUUAACAAGUGGAAAUAAGAUGGCUCCCUUGGUCAAACAGCUUUUUUUACUUGAAACUGGCAUUUUUCUUGCCCAGCCAUAUCUUUUUAAAUCGAAAAGAAUUAAAAAUACUUUGUCUGCUCAAAGUGUGACAUUGUUAGAGAAAAGCAGUGACAGUUGUAUGUUGAUAACUAUUAUACCUAUUCUUACACUGUACUUUCAUGUUGAUAGAACUCCAUUGUCAUGCUGCUAAAUUAAAUCACACUGUAUGACAUUUUGGCUAACACAGUGGUUUUCAUGUACAAUAACAAUUAAUUUUCUUUAAAGACAUAUUCUGUUAAUAUGUGAUCCAACAAUUCCUUUAUUUUACUUGAAAAAAGCCACCAUGGUAGCUGAAAUGUCAUACAGUAAACAGCAAUUAAUUCAUGUCAGGCAAUGAUAAGUCCUUACAGGAAUUUUUCAGAAUUACACUUUGAAAGAUUGGCACUUCAGUAGGAAGUAGAAUACCAAAAACUGAUAUUUAGAAGUUGAACUGAAAGCGACAGUUCAGGGGUUUUAUUAUUCUGUUCAUAUGGUUAUAAGAUCUGUUAUUGUUAAUUAUUUCAUAGUGUUAUUGUUAAGUCUUAUUAUUAUCUCAUUUCUACUUAAAAGACUGUAUGACUAAAAAUUGAUCAUUUAUUUUGUAUCUGAGCUUCAACCAAGAUGUGCCUUAAAAUAAUGCAAUAAAUGCACAGUAAGACAAGAUUAGCUGUAUCAAAAUCAUAAUACAGAUAAUUGGCUAAUCAUCAUGGAAAUAACAAGUUAAACA